AUGCAGGGUUUGGAGAGCGGCAGACAUGGCCUGCCGGACGUAUCCUCGGGUUCCAUAGAACUACAUUAUCUGAUGUUUGUGCCCAAUCCCAGCCAAGAGGGGCCAAUGAGCCAUGCGAUGCGUGAGCACUGGAAACAUCGACGAAGGAAAGAGGACAAAAAGAUUGAGCGGUCGCGAGCAGGCCCACUAUUACGGCCUGUCGAACCUCAGGAUAACAAUAACGGUUGCGACAGACAAAUGGAUAACCACCGAGAAAAUGCACCAAAUGCAACUGCAAGACCCAAGGAGUUACAGAUCAUGUUCGUACCCAAUUUCAGUAACCAGGGAGUAAGGAGCCACGCGAUGCGUGCACACUGGAAACAUCGACGAAGGAAAGGGCAAAAGAAGAUCGAGCGACCAGAACCACGUCCCUUGUUACCGCAUAUGAUAUUACAGGAUAGAGACAACGGCCAUGACACAGAAACGGACGAUCGCCAGGGGAAAGUACCGGGUGCAGUAGAAGCUGCGCAACCCUGCCCUUACAGUGUCCCAGAAAACCAAGAGGUUGAUCUAGGCACACACGCACAAUGUCUGAUUCAGAAUGACACACUCGGCCAAAACCCAGGGAACUCUUGGGAUAUCGGCUGGAAUUUGGAUCCGUUCCAUUUGUUUCCCGUCCAUCUUACUUCUUCACAGAAAAGGAUAUUCCACCAUUGGUUAAAUGUCCAUACGAUACUGCGGCUAGGUGACUGGCCAAUUGCAGAUUGUAUUAAUGAUGUUUGGAUCCCGUUAGUGUUUUCGAAUGUGUCCGCAUUUAAUACGCUGCUAGCCUGCUCUGCCGCACAUCUUUCUUCUUUAAACGAAGCCAUACAGCCAACGGAGGCAUUGAUGUUCAAGGCUCAGGCCAUGAGAAUAAUCAACCUGUGGCUUGGCGAUCCAGUUCAAGCGUUGGAGGACAAAACAUUUCUUGCUGUAUCCAAAAUCAUCACCUUCGAGAGAAGAUGGGGUUCGGAGUAUGAGUGGAAUAUUCAUCAUGACGGCCUGCAGAAGAUGCUGUUCUUGCGAGGAGGCCUAAGUACAUUUGAUGGAAAUAAACCCUUGAAACAUUUCCUUAGCCUGAUUCUUCUGUUGGCUCGGCCAUCUUGGUUUGGUUGUACAAACUUUCUGCCAAGGGUAAUCGUGCAUCCUAUUUGGCCCAUCCUGGAGUCUAGCGGGUGGGAGAUAGCUGAUGUCAACACUCCCCGGGAUCUGUGGCUUUACACUCUCACCCAAGAAAUAUCGACAUUAAGUGUUCUUGAAGGUUGCGAUUCGUAUACAGCACUACCUGCCGUAGUGCUCUUGCUCCGCCGUUCUGCGCAGGAAGAUUCGCAGCUGUCCACUAAUUUUGUAUACAUCAGCUGUCUCAUUGUCUUGAUUAUUAUUAUCUGUGACGUGAAGGUUGCAAAAGAGGGAUACAGAGCGACGCAACCAUUGGAUGGAGAUUUUGAUGACCUGCUGCCUUUGGAUCGGUUCCUCGAGAGCGAGAGGCAUACAUGGUACGAUUCUAUUGCAGGCCUACACGCAGUUUUCUUCGGCAGCAGCCGCGACAUUAGUAUAUUUCUACAAAGAAGUUACUGGGUAGAGACGGAGGAUAUAUUUGGUGGUCAUUGGAAUGCAAACGCAAGAAUUGGUUUUGUUGGGCUUCUCUUGAGCAAUCUUAAUCGAGUGAUGGGGCUAUAA